AUGUCUGCCAUACAGAACUUUAAGAACCUGUUACGGCAUGGCAAACAGGCAAAGUACGCAGGCGAGCUUCCACCAACCGAACCUCAGCUCGGCCAGCAGAAGCAGCAACACUAUCAAGCCGGUGCAAACGAUCCUGGUCAAUACUCAGUCGGCGCUGGCGAUAACCGCAAUGUCGCUGCACAAGCAGGCCACGCUGCCGCACAGGCACAAGGCAAAGGCCAGAAGCUACAGGGCGGCGCUCGCAACGAACACAUCUCAGCCAUCGUCGCCGAAGAGCGAGAAAAGGCCUCCAAGAUGCCCAAGUACCCAGGUCUCGAACGCUUCAUGAUCCUCGAGAAGAUGGGCGAUGGAGCCUUCUCAAACGUCUACCGCGCUCGAGACACUCAGACUGGACAAGAGUGUGCGAUAAAGGUCGUCCGAAAGUACGAGAUGAACGCCAAUUCGCGGGCCAAUAUCCUGAAAGAAGUGCAAAUAAUGAGACAACUCGACCACCCCAACAUCGUUCGCUUGAUCGACUUCUCAGAGUCACGACAAUACUACUAUAUCGUACUAGAGUUGUGUCCUGGCGGCGAGCUCUUCCACCAAAUUGUUCGACUCACAUACUUCAGCGAAGACCUUAGCAGACACGUCAUUGUACAAGUUGCGAAGGCACUGCGAUAUCUCCACGAGGAACGAGGCGUUGUACAUCGUGACAUCAAGCCAGAGAAUCUUCUAUUCUACCCAGUACCUUUCAUUCCCACCAGGAACCCCAAGCCUCGAGGACCAGACGACGAAGACAAAGCCGAUGAAGGCGAGUUCGUCCAAGGAGUUGGCGCUGGCGGCAUUGGCGAAAUCAAAAUUGCCGAUUUUGGCCUCAGCAAGGUCGUGUGGGACUCACAAACCAUGACGCCAUGUGGUACAGUAGGCUACACUGCACCCGAGAUUGUCAAGGAUGAGCGGUACAGCAAGUCUGUGGACAUGUGGGCGCUAGGCUGUGUGCUUUACACAUUACUCUGCGGGUUCCCACCUUUCUACGACGAGUCGAUCCAGGUCCUAACAGAGAAGGUGGCUCGUGGCCAAUAUACAUUCUUGUCGCCCUGGUGGGACGACAUCUCGAAAUCUGCCCAGGACUUGGUGUCACAUCUGCUGACAGUCAAUCCCGAGAAACGUUACACCAUUGACGAGUUCCUGGCUCAUCCAUGGAUUCGCAACGUUCAGGAACCAACAUAUGCCGCCGCCGACGCACCACCACUGGCCACUCCCUUGGCCGUCCGUCAGAAAGAAAUGUUUCCAAAUGAUCCUUCGAUCCAACUGCCGCAGACUCCGGGUGGACGCAGAAACGACUUCAGAUCACCUGGCGCAGUGAAUCUGCGUGAGGUCUUCGACGUGGGCUACGCUGUACAUCGGCAAGAAGAAGAAGCCAAGCGGAGAAAGAACUUCAAGCAAGGGUAUCGUGGCGGUGCCGCUCCCGGACAGCUUAACCCACUGAACGAGGACGACGACUUCGAUGAUGAAGAUGAUGAGUACGAGGAUGACAUCUCCAGCAAGGUACCGCGGUCGCAAGCCCCAAGCGAUGUGUCCAGCAUGGAAGCUAAGAUGCGUCAAACCAACCUCUCGGGCACACAACCGUCAGCUGCUGCGCAGGCACGCUCUGCUGCUGCACCAGCCCGCAGCCAGCAUCAUCAGCAGGAGCAACGUGGUUAUGGACAGCAUAGUGCCGCCGUUGCUGCCGCAGCGAAGCAGAGCGUUGGGAAGAGAAAUAAGCAGCCAUUCGAGUUGAGUCUGGACAACAGUACCCUGCUGGGCCGGAGAAACAAAGUCGGCGGGAUGCCAAUGCAAAUGCAGAUGCCUGACAAACCCAGCAAGCUGCGCGAGGAGUUGAGUGUGCGGUAA